CCAAUCGCCUUAGUGAGGAGGCGGGGAGGGACCUGGCUCGGUUAGGCUGCGGAUCAGCAACAAACAGAAGGUUACGAGUUUGAAAAAUCCGACUGUUCGAUUCCCGGACGGGCAUUACGGCGGCGGGGAGGCUGCGAACUAUGUCGGGCCUGUAACCGCAGCUCGUUGGGCCGCUUCUGAAGGCGCUCCGCCGGCGAUUGGCAACAUUUUUCGCGGAGGGGCUGCGCCGCGGGGACAAGCUCGCUUUUAGCUCGUUCGGAGCGGCGAUGCUGAGCCGAUAGCUGCGUCAUCAUGUUGCUUCCGACUCGAGUUGGCGAGAAGAGAUCUCAAGUUAACGCCGGAGGUGAGGCUGCCCGCCGCCACCCAGCACCGGAGGCCACCCCCGGCCCCUGAAGAGGACGGCAGGCGGGCUGCGGGCGCGGGGUCGGCGGUGAGAGCCCCGUGAGAGUGCGCGGUGAAACCGGUGACUUUACAUCACUUGGCGCGUUGCUCCGCUGCCUGAAUUUCUCCUCCACACUUGGAUGGACGGUGUGAAAUGUCUCUUGACGGCGAGAAACAUUUGAAUUAGCGGAUUUUUUUCAGGAUUGAGACCAAACAGAAAGUUGUUCAUGUUUGCAUGGUGAGAAGUGAUGAUUGACAGCAGGACCCUCCAGCGGAUGAGCACAUCUGAUGGUGAUUUUCACCUGAAAGGAAAUCCACUUUGUUCGGUCCAUAAUGAGACACGUUUGAUUUAAGCUAACCACCGGAGACACACUGUUAGCCGGGUGUAGAGGAGGGUGUGUUGGGGCUCAUUGUUCGGACCGGGCUCUGUUGUCUGCUGUCACCGCAUCCACGUGGACUUUGUCUGGGCACGGUGGGUAAAGUUUGGACCCGGGCGGAAGCUUGUUUUUACAGAAGAAGAAGAGGGAGUGAGGUUUCAUCACACCCUUUUGUAAUAUUAUUUGUAAAAAUGGCCGGCGAUUGCGCCCACACCAACACCCACUACGCGAACUCUGAGGCGUUCGACCCGUCCAAACCGUGGGCGGAUGGGGACUCGGUGCGCACCGGGGACGCGGAGUCAGUCGGGGUUUCUCCAGGACGCGGACUCCCCGCACGCCGGUCGCCCAACUUCGAGAUGAUAGACGGGCUGCUGUACCGCAAGAAGCUGGAGAAGGGCUUCAUCAACUACCGGGAGGUUCUGGAUGAGGACCGGAGACACGAGGCCGUCUCCACCUUUCACCGGCGGCGGCCUGGUCAGCGCCAUUUCUCCCAGGAGGAGACCUACAAAUGUGUGGCUGAGAACUACUGGUGGGAGGGGAUGUACUUCCAGAUCAGAGACUUUGUCCUGGGUUGUCCAGAGUGUCACCUCGUAAAGAAAACAGAGGGGCUCGGUGGCAGGAGAUGUGUCACAAAGACGAUGGCGUCACACAGCGCCGACAUGCUGAGCAAGUUGAGGAGUCAGCGGGAGGCGGGGCUGUUCUGUGACAUCACCCUGCGGACCAACGGCCGAUCCUUCUCGGCCCACAGAGCCGUUUUGGCGGCCGUCAGUGAUCACUUCCAGGAAAUCUUCACAGAGAUGGACUCGAGCAUGAAAGCAGACAUAGAUCUCACUGGUUUCAGUGAGGACAGCCUUCUAUCGCUGCUGGAUUUCUCCUACUCUUCCACUCUAUGUGUUCGUCAGGAGGACCUGCCUGAAGUCAUCGCCAUGGCUCGCCACCUGGGCAUGUGGCUUGCAGUGGAAGCCUGCUCCGCUCUCAUGAAGGAGCAGGAACAGCAGCACCGUCCUGGUAAAGGCCUUAACUCGGCCUGUGCUGGUGCAUGCCAUGAGCGUCAUCCCCAGCAGAGGGAAGGCAAGAGGAAAAGAGUGGAGGACAACAUUAACAAUGGUUUCAGUCUGAUUCUGGAUGUUUCAGACGAGUCUUUAGAAGAGAGUCCCAGGCGCAAUUUGCGCAGAAUGGCACGACCCCAAGGUUUUAACAGCCCCCCUCUGAGUCCCUCGCACAGGAUGAAGCUCUUGGACUUUAAAUCUCCCUCGUCAAAGAAAGCUACUAUACCUCGACACACCAUCAACAACCAUCAGUCACAGAACUACUCACCUAUACCACCACCAAAUACCCGUCUUCUCCGCUCCUCUCCAGGGGCUGCCAAGGAGGUCCGGAGGUUGCUGCCCAUGUCAGAGAGCCCGCAACGUAAACGAAAAUGCCACUCCAUCACUCGGCGCUCGUCCUCCAGAUCAAGGCCCAGCACAGUAUGCAGCCCUGUGAGAGUGAAGCAGGAAGUAGAGGAGGUAGGAGAGGAUGAGAUGGAUUAUGCAAGAGCACAAGAAAAGUACAAGUUGAUGAAUGUUCUGGGGCUACAGAGGACUGCGCUCCUUCCCAGACCAGAGGAUCUCAUUGGCUGGAGACAAAAGAAACGCCUGAGGAAACUGAAGGCCAACAACUAUUCCCUUACUAAGCGGCGGAAGCCCCGCUUGGUCUCACCAGUGGUAACCUAUGGGAAUGUGACACUGUCACUUCCCCUCUGUAACCCUGUUAACACUCGCGUCCUCAACAAGACAGUGAAGGGAAAGCCUGUGGUCCCAGUCAGAGCAGAGCAGCUUACAGCAAAGAGGCCAAAGACCGCCCUGCAGCGCGUCCCUCCAAGUGACAGGAGUACAAGAAGUAAAGGUGUGUUACCAGACAUGUUCCAGCCAGCAUCCAGGCCUCCCUAUGGGGGGAGAGAACUCAGACGGUCAGUAAGGGAGGGCAGCAGUGUCCACUUUGCUGCCCAGCAGCCUGUGCGAUGUAACACCAACAAAUCAUUCUUGAAAAAUGCAGUUAGGAUCAAAUCAGAACCGGCUGAAUAUUCUAUCUCAGGUUUCUCCCUUCCAUCAAACAGUCGUUGCAGCCUCACAACUCACACAUCCGCACCUUCACAGAGGAUGCAGUCCAGAAAUAAGAUCACUGUAGAGGCAGUCAAAUCACUGCGUUACAACAGAAGCCGACCAGCAGCAAAGCUCAAGCGGGGCUCCACAACAGAGGUUGAGAAGUGUAAGCCCAGGGAGGAGGGGAGGAAAGCGGGGAGCCAGGGGCUGAGGGGGGUCAUGGACACGAGACUGAGAGGGAAGAAUGAUGAACCUGAUGGGCUCCAGUUAUCAGAGCAUGGACCCCCACCGUCCAUUUACAGCCACCCUCUGUACAAAGUCAUUAAAGAGGAGCCAGCAGACCCAGUGCCAGUUGUUGGACCUUUCCCCGAUCCUCCCUCACCAGACCUGGGCAAACGCCAGAGCAAGCCCCCCAUCAAAUUACUGGAUUCAGGCUUUCUGUUCAGCUUCUGUCGGUCAGCAGGGGGGCCCAUGGCUGGACUGAAGAAAGAGGAGGAGAGUGUGGAUAUCUGUUUAACACGCUCCGUGUCACAAGUGGGGGAUACAUUUGUAGCCGAAGAGCCCCCCCAUAGGACGCUGAGGGCCAGAGGGCCAUCCAGCCUGCCUGUGGUGAAGAGGGAGAGGGAGGAGAGGAGAGUGAGCCAAAGCAGGGUUCAGAGACCCAGGAGAAACUCCCAGAACAACACUCUUCCUCUGGCCAAAUCUGCCGGGUCCAAGGUGACGCGGUCCAUGUCUAAGCAACAAAGUAAACAACUUGCUCUGAGCAGCAAGAACUGUGUUUUGCUGGAUGCUGUACGACGGGCGCGGCUAAAACAGCUACGAGGGCCUCGUAGUCAAGCCCCUAAAGUCCCAAAGGCGGCCCACACCUGUCUGCAGUGCCCAACCUCCUACAGGGACUGCGAUGCCCUGAUCAUGCAUCGCCUCAGGCACAUUGAGGGCAAGCACUGGCCCUGUCCGCUCUGCAGUAAGACGUUCUUCCGACUAAGGAAUGUACGGAACCACAUACGCACCCAUGACCCCAAGUUGUACAAAUGCCGGAGCUGCAUUAUCGCUGGUUCCUGAGGCAGGUGGAGGAAACUGAGGAUGAAGGCUGUCAGCGCCUGACACCAGUGAACCCGAGUGAAACCAGAGGCACAUGAUCGAUCAGCGGCUUGUACAUACUGCAUCUGUCACACGCGAGCACAACUCCUCUGUGCGAAGGCGUGGUCAUUGAUUCUAAUCAUUGCCGUUGUCACGAUUGCUAAUAUUAUUUAAAUAACCAAACCAAGGUUGCCGUUCCUGUUUUGCAUUUCCAUACAAGAGGUUAAACUUGAACAUUACACUCAGGGGGGGCCGGGAAUGCGAUGCCACGGUAUAAAGUAAUUAUAACAUCACUGUUGUGUAUAAAAUAAAAUGUAAAGUGAUUGUUAUAACUA